AUGUGCAAGCCCCUCCUAGUCGUCAUUCCCCUUCUCUUUACCACCACCCUCAGCUUGCUCACUCCCAAGGUCGUUGGCUCCUACCGUUCCAAGAGUGGUCUCUUCUUUGGCUGUUACAUCGGCUUCAACGCUACUCACGUGUACUUCGUGGAAAGUCCUAACGGUGGGAGUCCCAUGCCUGACGCCAUGUAUCACAUAUGGAGGUAUACUCCUACACCGAGUGGUGACAUCAUGCUAUGGGAUGAGGCCAACCAUGAAGUGUGGCCAGAGGAGCUGAGGCUAUCGAUUGGCCCUACGAACCGUAAGGUCACUUUGAAGACCCCAGAAGGAAGUUUCGACUUCUUAUGGAUGAACUAUGUCCCCACACUCAGCCGAAGGAGGCCCCAGGUGAGAGAAGAUCCAGAGGUGGAGACGAGUCCAAAACCGUGGGGAAGUCCGGAAGAGAUGGAACGUGGUAGAAGAGACUUUGCUAUGCUCAGGGAUAAGACGACCCUCUAA